CCGUUUACAAGUUUUUGUCUGUACGAGUUAAGAAGCCGAAGAUUAAAAUCGGACAUCGAUUCGAGGCAACGUGGACGAUGAAACAACCGAUCAGCGCGAACGAGACAAAAAUUUUAGAUGGAAAGAAGCGAUCGAGGAAAAUGGACAGUAAGGGUGCAGCCCCGGUGGCGGCGCUGGUGUAAAACGGCCGAAUAGCGGUUCGGUGAAACUAGCCGAGCGACCUCGGCUCGUUUCGGCUCGCCGCGUUAGUUCGUGUUCUCUCGCAGUACGCGACGGAUGUGCUCUACUCGCGGCGAGUCUCGCGUUCUCUAUUCGGAGAAAAAAAACUGAUAUCCGUCACCGAAUGAGCGUGGAACACGUAAUUUAGUGAUUCGCGUGUAAAUAAAAAACUGUGUUGCAAGUUGAAAAACAGAACGGAUCGCGUAUCUCGCGAAAACGAUCACACGAGGUCAUAGUGCUCCAACCGGCGAUAAAGUUUCAUAGUGACUUGUGUAAAAAAAGUGGUGAACCAGAGUGUGCGAGUAUAUCGUUCGCAUCGUGUACGACAUCGAACGCAAUUUAUGACGAAAGAAGUCGAAUAAUCGGAUCGAUUUUACGUGGUACGCGGUUGAAUUGUCAGAGAAGAAUAUACCAUCACCGUCGCCGCGGUGCACCGUCCAUCCACCUUUCGCGUUGCCGCGAGUGCACGGGAUAAAAUGGCGCUUGGUUUCGUCCGUGUACCUCUAUCGACCAUGACAAACAAUUUAACGACGGAAUUGCGUCGACGCCAGUCGCGACGUUUUUGAGCACGGAACAUUUCGCGGUAUCGUUUCCCCUCUCGCCCCACCUUCUUGCUCUGUUUCGGUUGUUUUCUCCUUUUGUCCGUGAAUCGAAUCGAGCCUCUCGAAUAUCGCCUCCAGCCACGAGUUCGAGCAGAGGAACGCAAUAUACGUUGGAGAAAAACAGUCUCGAAAAUCUGCUGCGUUCGCAAAGUGGAAUUUUGAAGCGGAAAGUGAAGCUACAGUAGGCACGCAUCGUUUCGAGUAAGGCGAGCCGCCAGAGAUUCGUCGACGAAAGGAGAGGAGAGAAAAAAAGGAAGGGAAUCGAAAAGAAGGAGGAGGAGGAGGAGGAAAUGCGAGAAACCUCGGCUGUUCGUUGAGGGAAGCGGCGAAGAGGAGCUUGGUGGGGGGCGGGGGGGAGAGUUUGUCGGGCCACUUCCGGCAAAUAUCGGCGAGCGGCGGUAAAUGCAGCCGUGUCCACGUCGGCCGCUCGUUUCGUGGAAGCGAAGAGGGGCCAGCGGCGCGUACGACGAGGUCUCGGCGCGGUUGGGCCUAAUCGCGGUUAAUGGUAUAGGAGGAAUCCGGAGGCGAUCGUUGUUUUUCGGGAGGAGAAAGGGGGAGGAGCGGGGUGUGGAGCGGUGAGUGAGUGAGUGAGGAAGGGGGAGGGGGGGGAGAGACGUUCCUGCUUUCCGGGGAGGGCGCAAGGGACGGGCGGAAGGGUUCCGCGACCUGGAGCAGGAGCAAGAGGAGGAGGGGGAGGAGGGGUCGGGAGAGGCUACGAGGGUGGUUGCGCGUCGCGGUCGCGUGACGCGUGAGGAAAGUGCCGGAGGACGGAGCGUGGUGGAGGAGGCAUGAGGAGGAGAGAGUGACGACGCUGGCGGUGCUGCAGCCUCGCACAGAUCGUGAGAGGACCGGCGGCCCCACGGUGGGGCUGCGAUAAGAAUGGCCCCCUUCAAUAUGGCGGGCGUAGCAGGCCUUCUAGCCACCUGCGCCGCCGCUGCUGCUUCCGCUGCUUACCUUCUGCCGUUGCUGCUGUUGCUGAUCUGCCCGCGAGGGACCCACGCGGACCCAGUUGUUCUCUUGGACACGACGCAAGAGGAGAAGCUCGAGUGGACCAAGUAUCCUUUCGGCGCGGAAGCUAACACCCCAGGGUGGGUGGAAGAGUCGUUCACCAACUUCGACAAGGGCAUCAAUUGGCGGAGUUACGUUGUCUGCGACGUGGCGUACAACAACGUGAACAAUUGGCUGUGGACGCCGUUCAUAGAGAGGGGACCGGCGAACCGCAUGUACAUAGAGAUCAAAUUCACGACUCGUGACUGCUCCCUGUUCCCAGGGAACGCGCUCAGUUGCAAGGAAACUUUCAGCCUGCUUUACUACGAGUUCGACGUGGCCACCAAGGAGCCGCCACCGUGGGAAACGGACAGUUACAAGUUGAUCGGGCGCAUAGCCGCGGGCGAGGGAAGGUUCAACACCAACACCGAGGUGGUGAUAAACACGGAGGUGAAAUCGAUCCCCGUGACCAAGAAGGGCGUCUACUUCGCGUUCAGGGAUCAGGGCGCUUGCAUCUCGAUCCUCGCCAUCAAGGUCUAUUACAUCAGUUGCCCGGAGAUUUCCGUCAACUUCGCGCACUUCCCUGCCACGCCGACCGGCCGCGAGGUGGCGCUGAUCGAGCAAACGAUCGGCACCUGCGUGGCGAACGCCGUCGUGAUCGAGCAGCCCACCUUCCUCUGCAAGGGGGACGGGAAAUGGUACCUGCCGAGCGGCGGAUGCCACUGCAAGCCGGGAUAUCAAGCCGACGUGGAGAAGCAGGAGUGCACCGAGUGCCCGAUCGGUAAAUUCAAACACGAGGCGGGCUCGCACAGUUGCGAGGCUUGCCCGGCCCACAGCAAGUCCUCCGAUUACGGAUUCACGGAGUGCCGCUGCGACCCGGGCUACUUCAGGGCCGAGAAGGAUCCCAAGAAAAUGCCCUGCACGCAACCACCGUCGGCCCCGCAAAAUCUGACCGUGAACUUCGUCGACCAGUCCACCGUGUUUCUGUCUUGGAACGCGCCGCACAUGCUCGGCGGUAGGACAGAUACGACUUACAGGGUGGUCUGCGACGCAUGCAGCAUGGGCGUCAAAUACAUUCCCAACACCGAGGUUUUCAACGACACGAAAAUCACGAUAACUGGAUUGAACGCGGUCACCACUUAUCGAUUCCAAGUGUUCGCCGAGAACGGUGUCUCGGCGUUGGCCGGAAAGUCGGAAUACGUGGACAUCACCGUGACCACGGAUGCCAGCGUGCCAAGUUUGGUGAGCAACGUGAGGAUUACGAGCGUGAAGAGUUCCGAAUUGAGCAUAAGCUGGGACGCGCCGAUAACCGAAAUCGGCGGGGACAGCGAUCUGGUGGAAAGAUACGAAGUGAGGUGUUAUCCACGUUACGACGACGCCACCAACGCAACCGUCAUCCAAACCUCGGAACUGUCGGCGACGUUCAAGGGCCUGAAACCAUCCACGGAUUACGCGAUACAGGUUCGGGCGAAAACUACGCGAGGUUGGGGCGAGUACACACCGGUCGUGUACAAGAAGACGCCUCACGCUAUGGGAUUAGAUUACGUCGGAGAGGAUGACAAUAUGCAAGUGAGAAUCAUAGCGGGAGCUAUAGUGGCCGUGGUGGUUCUUCUCGUCAUCAUCAUCAUCAUGACGGUUUUGAUAUUGAGAAGCAGGGCCUCGGACGAAUGCAACAAGAAACAGCCGAGCGAUUGCGACACUCUGGAGUACAGAAACGGCGAAGGACUAGUUGUGACCUACAUGCACUGCAAAAUGGACAGUUCACCGAUUGUGACAACCCACACCAACAACAAGAGCAAGUCCUCGCUGACCACGCCGCUGUUCACACCUGCAGUGGGAGUUGCCGCCGCGAGUGCUGGUGGCGCGGGUGGCGGCGGGGCGAGGAGUUACGUCGAUCCUCACACGUACGAGGACCCGAAUCAAGCUGUACGAGAAUUCGCGCGAGAGAUCGACGCGGGAUACAUCACGAUAGAGGCGAUCAUAGGUGGGGGAGAGUUCGGCGACGUAUGUCGCGGGAAAUUGAAGUUACCACCAGACGGUCGGACGGAGAUCGACGUUGCCAUCAAGACAUUGAAGCCCGGCUCAGCGGAUAAGGCGCGCAACGACUUCUUGACCGAGGCAUCGAUCAUGGGCCAGUUCGAGCAUCCGAACGUGAUAUUCCUGCAGGGUGUUGUCACGAAGAGCAACCCGGUGAUGAUCAUCACCGAGUUCAUGGAGAACGGGAGCCUGGACACUUUCCUUCGCGCGAACGACGGCAAGUUUCAGGUGCUCCAGCUUGUGGGCAUGCUUCGCGGUAUAGCGAGCGGUAUGCAGUAUCUGGCCGAGAUGAACUACGUGCACCGGGAUCUCGCCGCGAGGAACGUGCUCGUGAACGCCGCCCUCGUUUGCAAGAUCGCCGAUUUCGGGCUGAGCAGGGAGAUCGAGAGCGCGACGGAAGGAGCGUACACGACCAGGGGUGGAAAGAUCCCGGUGCGAUGGACGGCCCCGGAAGCGAUAGCAUUCCGAAAAUUCACCAGCGCUUCCGACGUGUGGAGCAUGGGGAUCGUUUGUUGGGAAGUGAUGUCGUACGGCGAGAGGCCGUACUGGAACUGGUCCAAUCAGGACGUGAUAAAGUCGAUCGAGAAAGGAUACAGGCUCCCAGCGCCGAUGGAUUGCCCGGAGGCGAUCUAUCAGCUGAUGCUCGAUUGCUGGCAAAAGGAGCGAACUCAUCGCCCUACUUUCGCCAAUUUAACGCAAACAUUGGACAAACUGAUACGAAGCCCGGACACGUUGAGGAAAAUCGCCCAGAACAGAAUCAGGGAAAGGGGUGCUCCACCCCCACCCCCACCCGCCUCGUCGACAUCCUCCAACGUGCAUUUGAGGAAAAGGGGCACCAAUCCACUAGCGCCGGACGCGGUGGAUUUAACGCAAUUGACCUCGGUCAGCGAGUGGCUGGCUUCCAUCAAGAUGUCACGAUACGCGGAGAGUUUCGAGAGAUCCGGCGUAACCACAUUGGAGGCUGCCGCUCGAGUCACCGUUCAGGAGUUGACGGCGCUUGGGGUGACGUUGGUAGGGCACCAGAAGAAGAUCAUGAACAGCGUGACGGCGCUGAGAGCGCAAAUGUCCGCCACCUCGCAAGGCUUUCUCGUUUAAUCGUUGGGCGCACGGUCGGUGCGCUUCUCACACGUUUGACGCAUUUUGACGCAGGAUUCGAUAUCCUCGAUCGACCUUACGCAUCGUUCAUUCGAGGAGGUUACGCGUCGAUCGUCCUCCAGCCGGCAUCUACCUAGUCAGGACGAUAUACCUUUUCCUCGAACGGAUCAUCAUCCCUUCCUUCGCAGACGACAAGAGAGACCAAGAGCGAUCGAUCGGGCGAGCGUCGAAAAACAAAACGCUACACCGCGAGAGGCUCGCCAAUCUCGAGGAAUCGAGGAACCGCGUAUCGCUCACAUUCCAACGCGAAUUCGCUCCAAUAUUUGUUAGUCGAGUCCCCGUCUCUCUCGACGGAAAUGGAAGAAUUUCGCGGCCGCGACGACUCAUCGACCCACAGGUUGAAAGCGUGUCGUGCCACGCGAUAAAAAAAAACUCGUAACGGGAUCAAUAAGUAAUAAAAAAAAAAAAAAGAAACGAAACGAAACAAAAAAAUAUAUACGUGCAGCGACUCUGUGAACGAGUCGGCCAUUAACUUUGUCUUUCUCUUUCUACAAUAUCUUUCUCGCGGAUCGCGGUGCUGAUCUCGUGGAUCAUCGCGUUGAAAGGAAUCGUACUGCCACUGUAUAAUCACUGCCGCAUCAAUUGUAUGUACAAUCGUAGAAAAUCACGUGCGACGAGCCGACAUACGUGCAACAAUCUUGCACGCGAUUCUUCUAUCUAAGAAACUCGAAUUUUUCAGAAACCGUGCUCGAAAUCGUCGAAAUCACGUUUAACGCACUGAAUCGUUGCUCACACGCAAUUGCAGAGAGAAUCGUCCCGCCACCAGUCGAUUUUUCGCACGAAACAUUUUUUUUUUUUCCUUGCUAUCGACGAAGCCUCGUUCUUGUUUUACAGUGUGUUCCUAACUUAUCUUGCGCAGCGGUUACACUUAAGUUACGUUAAACGGGGUCCUUCAACGACGAUCGAUAAAAUAGAUUCGAAGUGUAUCGACCACGGUACAGACCACUUGCACGAACGAAUAAGAACGGCCUAAAAGUAACAUCAACAAACCCCCGUUAAAUUGUACAACCCCCUCCAUACGAAAGUUUUCGAACAACGAUUGAACAUCUAGGGAAACUGAAACGAAGAUUCGAGAGGUCUAAUAUAAAAGUGUAGUACGCUUUAAGGUAACGAGCAUAGAUCGAGGGAAAGAUCGAGGGCAAGCGUGUCUUUAUUGCGAGCGUAAUCGCCGUAUUUUAUGUCCUGUUAUGCAGCGAAUAUAUCGUAGCCCUUAUUGAUAAAGCUUAAUCGAUGUACAAACACACGAUACACACGUAUACACAAACAUACACGCAAACGCGUACACUUAUAUAUAUACAUACACUUUUACGUAUAACACAACACCGGACGUAACACAUGUAGAUAUAUCUAUACGAAUCUAUACGAAAACCACCCCGUUCCGUUCCAGGCGAAACGAUCGAAGGAACGACAGGUAAUACGUGAGACUGAAAGCAAGAUUCGUUCGAAAUAAUUAAAAUAGAAUAUGUUUAAUAUAGGACGAUGAUUACACAGAGAUUAGAAUGAGAGGAGAGAAAGAUAUGAUUCUUGCCUUCGCGUUACCUAUAUAAAGUAUAUGCGAUGUGGUAUAUAUAUAUAUAUAUAAAUAAAUAUAUAUAUAUAUAUAGGUACCUGUCCGAUUAGAGAAGAAGAAAAGAAAGAUGUAAAGGAGCAGGAACAUGUGCCAAUAAAAAAAAAAAAAAAAAACGGAGAGAAAGCGUGUGUGAACGAGGGAAAAUGUUUUGCGUGAGAGAGGAAAAAUAUAAGAAAAAAAAGAGGCGCUCGCUAUCGCGUGGUCGUUGAUUGCAAGAGAAAGAGAGGAUCCCUAUUUACAUAUACGUAUUAAAAAAAAAAAAAGAAAGAAAGAAAGAAAGAAAUAGAUUAUAUUAUAACGCGAGACAAAUUUAUUCGAGAUGAUUGGAAGGCCAACGAACGAACGAACGAACGUUGAACGAGGAAGAAUGGAAGAAGAAGGUUAUAUGCCGAAGAAAUCAUAAAACGUGUCGUCCCUCGACACCGUGAACAUAUCAAGGCGUAUUAAAAAAGAGAGAGAGAGAGAAAGAGAGGGAGAGAAAGAGAGAGAGAGAGAGAGAAAUGAAUGAAUAAUGAAAGAUGAAUAUAAUAAGGUGCGUAAACCGGGUAAAUCUUUCGAAGCAACGACGAGAUUAAAAGAUUUGGCGUAAUGGUAAUAAUUAUCUAGAAAAAAAAGUUUUCGCGACGACACCUUUUACACGUGAUACGAUUUCGCGAAAGGAACGAAAGCUGAAUAUUAAGCGAUCGUCUCUAUAAAUACAUAGUAGAUUUACUUUUAAACGAGUGGUUCGAAUUGUUUCGCAUCGCAAACGCAACGUCCACAUCCCAGCGUGCACGCGUAGCGAUAUUAGCAUUGGUUGAAGAGAGGAGAAAAAAAAAAAAAAAAAAAGAAAAAAAUAAAAGAAAAAAGAAAAAAAAAGAAAGAAAAAGGCUUGUUUCGUCGAGAUGGAUGGUCUGUAUCUUGUUACAUCCACGUUCGCUAAUUGUAAAGACUGGUUCACAUGAUGAUUUCUUUCGGCGGGGAGAAAUGAUUCCCGCGGGAGAUCGGCGAACGUUCGUCGAGAAAAAGAUCGAUGAUCGAUUCGAGCGCGACUCGAACGCUUCCAAACAAGUCGGGCGAGCCACGGGAAAUUUUUUAUUCUUAAUUUAACGAAUUAAAGAUAAGAAAUAUAGUUGAUAAGGCUCGGCGUGACGAUAGUCGAUGUAGGGAAGGACCUAAUAGUCGAAAUUCUUAUUUCUUUCGCGUAUAGAUUGAUCCGACGUAGCAAAGGACGGACUUAUUAGUAACUUUUUAUUAUUUCUUGAAUCGAGCCAUCGACGCGCCGGGCCUCUCGAUUACACGAGGUCAUUCCGUUUGCAUUCGAAAAAUGCGAAGGAAGGUCCUGGAGACUUGUAUUCGACCCGCGGCGUUUCGUUUUCUCCGCGAGACGAUGUCGCGGGGUGGACGUUUGGUCUCUGUUAGGGAGAGAAAGAGAACGAAAAGCUACUGAAAAUGGUGACGAUUAAGAAGCAAUAAGUGAAUACACGCAAAUGCAGAUUUUUAUAUAGAAAAUGUUAACAAAUUUCAGAAAAUAUUAAUUAUCGAUAGCGCUAUCUUCCUAAAUGUUCGUAUUAAAAGUUAACGAGAAGUAAGGUAAAGCAUAAGAGUGAUGAAGUAACGUGGAGUCCCAACCGAACGGCACAAUAUCGAGAGAGAUCAAACGAUAUUCCGGGUAAAUAACGAUAAAAUAUUGUACGGCAUAAAUCGAAUCUUACCCGAGUAAAUGAAAGCGUUAAAAAAAGGGUAGAAAAUUCGGCCGGGACUCUUCCAGAGAGAGAUGAAAGAAAGAACUUUUUAAGAACUUUCAGCCGUAACUAUUUGUGUCUAGCGACGAACCUGCGAGUGCGACCUGAAGUUUUGAGAAUGUCGAUAGUUUCAGUGAAUUAAUAUUUAGAUUUCAUAGAUCUCUAUCGAUAUUAAACAAUCGUAGGCACGAAACGAGCAGAUGAUAAUUAGUUAGAGCGUAAAAGAUAUCUUAUUAGAGACUUCUUCGAUUUUACUUGAGUCUUUCGCGUUCGAACCACCUUCCUUCUUUUCCUCCUUUCUCUUCUUCUUUUUUUAAUCUUUACUUUUUCAAGUCUCAAUACUAUCCAUCCCUGUAUUUUCAAAGCUUUCGAUCAUACUUAUUAUACUAUUUACUUUCAUGUCUAUCCUUCAUUCCAUCUUUCUUCGUCUUUAUCUCUCUUUUUCCCGCUCGCUCGUUUGCUCGCUCUCUGUCUUUACCUCUAUAUCUCUCUAUUUUCCCUCCCCGGUUUUAAUUAACCGCAACACGCUUUUUAUGUUAUAAGAGACGAGAAUUCAAAAUGCAAAAAUGCCGAAAGAAGGAAGAGCAAUAAAAAAAAUGAUCGCGUAAUCCGAAUCAAAAAUUCUCUUCGAUUCACGCGAAUGAAUUUUGCUUUUCCUCCUAUCGUUUUUCUUUUUAUUCGUCUUCUUUUUAUUAUCAGUUACGAUAUUUUUUUUUUUUUUUUGUAAUUAAUCAUUACUCUUUCUAUCGAGGAAACGUAGCGAUGAGUAAACGAAUGGAAAAUCGUUGAAGACAUCCUCCUCAGACACUCUUUUACUUAAAUACUUUUACUCGAUUAACACUUCUGUACUACUAUUUAUUAAAAGCAAAGAAAGCCUUAUUUAUUGUUUAGAGAUCUGACUAAAUUAAAAAAAAAAAAGAAUUUUCUAAUUGUGGUAGGUUAUCUAUUUACCUUAUUAGAAUUGUACGAAAGGGGACGAAAGAAAAAAAAAAAAAGAAAAAAAAAGAGAGACAUUAUUUCCUUACUUCAGAAUUUUCAAAAAAAAUUAUGCCAUUGUAAAGGGAGACGACAGAAUAAAAGAAAAAAUGGAAUAUAACAUCAUAGAUACGAUCGUCGAGUCUCUAAGCAGUUAUGUAUUAGUUAAGCGUUUUUUUAAGCGAGUUACGUGCACGUUGUUUAACUCUCUUUCAAUUGUUUUUUUUUUCAUUACUAUUUUUUUAACAGUCUGUUUACAGCGAACUUUGUCAAAGUACCUGCUUCGGAAACGAAAAGCAAACAAAAAAAUAAAAAGAAAAGAAACAAAAACAUAUAUUAAAUUCGCGAAAAGACAAAGCACACAGGUACCGUCCCGUAUAUAAUAUAAAUAGCUCAUCUACUAUCACGUACACGCAUCAUAAUUUAUGUAUACUCAUCGAACUGAGUUUUUACACUAUUGGUUCAGCAAAUCACCAUCGUGUGUCCUCGAUUCAUUGUAUAAAACAAAGCGACAAAACGCGACAGAUGCAAUAAGAGAAUUAAUAUCGACAAAUUUUGGAAUGUGUCUAAAAACAUUUUUCCUAUGGUGUUGUCAAGACGAUGUUGAAUGUAAAUAAGAUAUAAUAAAUAAUAUACCUUAUACGAUGUAAAAA